GAGCUCUCUCUGUUGUAGGGUCCUUCCUCCUGGCAGCAGCUCUUCCUGGUCCACGUAGUGAAGCUCACCUGUCUGCUCGGACUCGGACGAUGACAUCUGACCGUGUUUGUCGGAACCACAGCUCCGUUUCAUGCACACAGGUCCAAGCCCGGUGGUAACACAGCGAGCGGACCCAUCCGGAACCGGCUGACGUCGAUCGGACGCCAUCAGGAUACAAAAUGUCUUGGUUUGCUGACUUGGCCGGGAAAGCCGAAGACUUCCUGAACAAAGUGGACCAGGGAGCAGCCACUGCCCUGACCAGCAACCAGACGAGAACUUCGUCCUUUACGUCGCCCUACGGCGAGGAAUCAAUCGUCAAACAUGAAUACGAUACUGCGGGGUACAAGACCGAUGCAGCUGUGACACAACACACCUAUGCAUCCUCUGAUGUGUCGCAAAGCUACAUCUCUGCAGCAGCCGGCAACAUCAAGAGAUCCAACACAAGCCUGCUGGCUGGUACUGCCAACGUGGCUAAGAUCCCCUCCGGUUCUGGCAGCAGUGCCCCGAGCUCUGCCAAGACCUCGUCUGGCUUCGUGAGGCCCAAAAAGAGUGAGCAGGAUGUGGACGAUGACAUGCUCUUUGACUUUCUGAACAGCUCUGAACCUCCGGUCAGCAGCAGGAGGGAUUCGAGAAGAGAACUUGUGAAAACAGCAGUUACUGAAGCCCGAAACCCAACACCACCACCCCCGCCUCCUCCUUCAAACACCCAUACCGUCCCCUCAGCACCGUCGACGCCCCCCUCGACCCGCGGCGUAUCCAGGGCCUCAAGCAUGAGCUCACUGUCUGCUUACAGCGUCAAAACAUCCGAGGAGAGCUCUGCGAAAGAACAAAGCCAAGACACACCUGAGAGUUCAGACUCAGGCUUGGCUGUCCCUCAGGAGUCCAGCAGGCAGGAGCCUCCUCCUCCUCCUCCCACAGAGGAGCCACAGAGCCAGAUCAUGUCCAGUCUGCGUCUGGAGAAUCAGCUGCUGCGCAGCGAGGUGGCCUCCCUCAACCAGGAGAUGGCCUCAGUCAUCCAGAGAGCGAAAGACUUACAAGAUGAACUGAACCAGACGCGUCUACGCGCAGACAAAAGGAACUCGGAGCAGUCUCAGAGUGACCGGAUGCUACGGGAACUUCGCUCACAGGUCGAUGACCUAACGGAAGCCCUCUCUGCCAAAGACGGUCAACUUGCGGUGCUGAAAAUCCGACUCGACGAAGCCGACCAGCUGCUGAAGUCCCGCAGCGCCGCGUUAGACGAGGCGCAGAAGGAAAAGUUGAGAAUUAUGCAAGACCACACAGAAGGGAGCAGCAUGCACUCCCAAGCUCUUCAGACGAUCCAGGAGAGGCUGCGAGAGGCUGACACAGCUCUCAGGAGGGAACAGGACAACUACAGACAAAUGCAGAGCGAGUACGCCGGACGUCUUUCUAAAGUGGAGGCUGAGAGGCAGUCCCUCGCGGAGACGGUGACUGCAGCAGAGCGGCGAGGUGGAGAGGAGAAGCUCCGGUUCGACGACCUCCAACAGCAACUGAAAAGUGCCAAAGCUGCAGCUGAGGCUGCCAAACAGGAGUUACAAGACUACAAGCACAAAGCUUCACGCAUCCUUCAAUCCAAAGAGAAGUUGAUCAGCAGUCUGAAGGAGGGAUCUGGUCUGGACACUCUGGACGGGAGCGGGGCCAUGACUCUGGAGCUGGAGGAUCUGCGCCACGAGAAGGAAAUACAGAAGGAGGAGAUCCAAAAACUGCAGGGGCAAGUGCACACACUUCGGACAGAAAUCCAGGAUUUGGAGAAUCAGGCCCUGACAGAGGCGGAGACGUGGCGGGAGCAGCAGGUGCAGUUCGAGGAGCAACAGGCCCUACAGAACAGAGCUAAGCAGGAGGUGGAGGCUGAGGUGGAGCGCUACAAACACGAGCUGCAGUAUCUAGAGGAAGAGCAACACCGAGCCAAAACCACUCUGCAGAGCAGAAUCAAAGACAGAGAAGAUGAAAUUCAAAAACUCAGGAACCAGUUGACCAACAAGACUAUUAGCAACAGCCAAACGGAGCUGGAGAAUCGGCUCCACCAGCUGACGGAGACGCUGAUCCAGAAGCAGACGAUGCUGGAGGCUCUGGGCACGGAAAAAAGCUCCCUGGUCUUCCAGCUGGAGCGUCUGGAACAGCAGCUGAAGAACGCUCAGGGAGGACAGAGUGGAGGACCAGCCAUCAACAUGAGCGGACUAGAGGGACCAGGGGCACGACAAAGAAACACACCAAUCCUCUUCAGCGACCAGGACAGUCCAGGAGUGUACGGCAGAGUACGCAAAGCAGCCAGCACCAUCGACCGAUUCAGCAUCAGACUGGGAAUCUUCUUACGGCGUUACCCCAUGGCCAGAGUUUUCGUUAUCCUGUACAUGGCCGUGCUGCACCUGUGGGUCAUGAUUGUGCUCCUGACUUACACACCAGAAAUGCACCACGGUCAUCCCGAAGGAAGAUAGAAGGCUUGAAUUUUAAUGUUGGGUGUUAAAAUAUAUUUGUUCUCGGCCUUCAGUGUAAGGAUGAUACAAGCUGCUAAAGAAUGUGCUGCAGGUCCUGACUCUCCCCGUUUUGCACAGAAAUGUUAUGAAUUAGAACAUUUACUUACUCUGGUUUAUUUUAUUUAGUUUUCAUCUGAAGAUUGGUGGCCGACAUUAAGUUUUAAAAUGAUUACAGAGUGAUAUAUUGUACUGGUGGUUGACUGAAAGGAUAUUAAAUCAAACAUGAUCUCA